AUGCCGAGGGCGCUGCGGGGCUUCGGGGCCGCCCUCACCUGCCUGCAGCUCCUGCUGCUGCCCGUGGCCGUGGAUUCCCGGCCCCGCGCGUGGGGCCAGGACACGCUCCAGCUGGAAGCCGUCAAAAAGGAGCUCCUGGAGCGGCUGGGAAUGCCGGCUCCCCCCGUUCUCCGGCGCCAGCUGGACCAGGAGAGCAUCCAGAGAGCGCAGCGCCUCUACCAGCAGAAAGUGGCGGAGCUGGCGGGGAACCGGAGCCGGGAGGAGGAGGAGGAGGAGGAGGAGGAGGAGGAAGAAGCCGUGAGCAGGACCCGGCGGCUGCACCGCCUGACCCCCACCUUGCUGCGCUGGCUGGACACCCCCGAGGGCCACCGGGACUCUCAAGGCCACCGGGACGCGCAGGGCCACCGGGAGCCCCGCGCUCCUUACCGCUACCACCUCCUGCUGUCCCGCAGCGCGGAUUUCCACCGGCAGCUCCGCGUGGUGCGGGCGGAGCUGAAACUCUCCGAGCAGCCGCCGUCGCCGCCCGGGGACAGCGAGGAGCCACCGCGGGUCAGCAUCUCCAUCCUGCGGGGAGCCGAGGGCGGCCGGCGGCUCCUGCAGAGCCGGGAGCUGCGGGGGGAUCCCCGCAGCCUGGACCUGACGGCAGCAAUGCAGCCCUGGCUGGCCGGGCCCGAGCCCACGCUGCGCCUGCAGCUGGACUCCACCGCCGCCCUGGCCACGUCCCCGGGGCAGACGCCGGUGCUGGAGGUGGAAACGCUGGAGAAGCCGGCCCGGGCGGCCAGGAGAGCUCGGGGGCUGGAGGAGGAGUGCGGGAAGAGCGAUGGGAGAUGCUGCCUGAAGUCGCUGAAGGUCUCCUUCCAGGACAUCGGCUGGUCGGACUGGGUCAUCGCCCCCAACAGCUACUACAUGAGGUUCUGCGAGGGCUCCUGCCCCCACAACUACAAACCGGCCAGCAUGCACGCCCAGAUCAAAUCCCGAGUGCACUCCCUGUCCAAGGCCGCCCCUCCGCCCUGCUGCGUCCCCGCAGGCUACGACCCCAUGGUGCUGAUGCACCUGGACAGCGAGGGCAGGCUGGUGUCCAGCCUCUUCGAGGACAUGCUGGUCACCAGGUGCCACUGUGCCUGAGGGCAGCGCCGGCAGCUCCAGCUGGGACGUGGCACCGGCCAGGAGGGGCAAAGCCAUCCCGGCUCCUGGCAGCGCCAGCGUCCCAAAAUCCUGCGGCAAAAAGUGAACCUCGCCAGCCCUGGAUCCACCUGAGCUCAGCCAUGGAGUCUUCAGUAUUCCAAAAUCCUGUGGUACCAAGUGACUCCACACCAGCCCUGGAUCCACCUGAGCCCAGCCAUGCAGUGUCCAGCUGCAGCAUCCCAAAAUCCUGUGGCACCAAGUGACUCCACACCAGCCCUGGAUCCACCUGAGCCCAGCCAUGGAGUCUUCAGUAUCCCAAAAUCCUGCAGCACCUCACCAGCCCUGCCUCUGCUGUGCACCUCGGCCCUGGGGUCUCCAGCUC